GUAUUCAGAAGUAUAAGUUAUCUUGUGUAUUACGUAUUCUGUGUUCAUAUACACAAUACACAGCUCAGUUGUUCAGAGAUAAAAUUAUCGUAUAAUAUGCUCUUGAUUGAGACACCAAAGAAAUAAUAUUUACAGCCAUAUUUUCAUUGCCUAAUUAAAAAAAUUUCUUCAAGUUUAAAUAAGUAGUUCGUAGAUUCGACAUAGAACAACUGAAAACAUGGGUGCAGCAGCCUCGGAACCAGCCUCAACCGACUCCAAAAAAUUCGCGUCGGAAGACUUCGCCAAUCUCCUGGGCACAGACGAAUUCUGCGACGCGACUCUCAUAUCCAACGACGACCGUGAAUUUCGAAUCCACCCGGCAAUACUAGCAGCCGGAAGUGUGGUUUUCAAAGCAAUAAUACUCAGGCUUGACCUGCGCGAAAAGCGAGACAGAAUCGUCCGAAUAGAGGACGCUGAUGGAACUGUUUUGGCCGAGACUCUGAGGUACAUCUAUUCUGGUAAAGUGGAGAAUCUCAAAGAGAUAAGGACACCGCUUAUGGCCGUCGCCCGCAAGUACAUGUUAGACGGUCUAAUGGAUAUGUAUGUCCAACCAAUGAAGGAGGGUAUCAAUGUGGACAACGCGGUGGAGUCAUUCACACUUGCGGAUCUUUAUCAGAUUCAGGAUUAAAGAACUGCGCCAAGAAUUUCAUAAGGAACAAUAUUGCUUCUCUUGUGAAUAUGCCUAGUUUCAAGAAUCUGAAGAUCUCGAAUCCUUAUUUACUUGAGUAGCUGUAUUGCGAUUUGGCGAGCCAUUGGAAAGUUUGAAUUUUUUGCGUGUUUUAUUUUUAUAUUGUGCUGGUUUGCAAUGACAAGUGGUUUUAAGAUGUAAGUGAUCAGUCGGUUGUAUCGCGGGAUAAGUUACAAUUUUUAUCAAGUUACAUUUUUAUAAACAGGAUUGCAGUAGAUAAAUUACAAAAAAAAUUCCAGGGAGACAAUAGUAGCUGCUGUAUCUUAUGGAUCAAUUUUUUCUGGUUGAUUUUUUUUUAAUUUGUUCUGUAAAAAUCGUUCGUAAUAAUUAUAUCUAAAUUAAAAUUAUAUUUAAACUUCUUUUCCGCAUAUAAAUUGGAUUAUAGAAUCGAUAACCAUCUAAAGAUAGUUCGACGCGUUUUACUUGUGUAUUGUCUCCUGUCCUUUAUCAAAACUUUACAAAGGCGUCCAAUUCGUAUCUCCGUCUCUAUUUAUAAACUCUAUGAAUAAGCGAGUCUGCUUCUGUGCCUGUAUCUAAUUAUCUGCGUAUUGUAUCAUAGACUUUGAAGAUCUAAAUCUCCGAGAUGAUAACUCAAACUUCCAUAACUGCUACACAAAAAAGUACAGACAAUCUUUGCGAAGGCCAUAAACAUGACCCAUGUCGUACGUAUGCUUGUGUUCGUACCUGAAUUAAUAGGAGCUAUCUGGGGAAUUCCAGAUGCGAGGCUUGUACUAUUAGCGAAGCGAGUCUUGUUUGGAGUUGGGUUUUCCUGCUUCUAAUUCAUCUUCGCGCAUUGUUUGCUAAUGGAUCGGGAAAACUCUUUGAUGUUGUUUUUCAUCAUUGUUCGAUGCUGCGAUUAUUUUUGGUGUUCGAAUUGGCUGUACAAUAUUUUUAUUGUACUCGAGUAUCUUUACGAGAAUCUACUGUAUUACGAAAUAUGUAUGUAAUAUACGAUGUUUACUGCGUUUACAGUUAUGUGGUUAAUUGAUUUUGAAUUUAUUGAAUCUUGAUGUAAAGAGUGACGCUCGUGAUCACACGCAUUACACUGCCGAAGCGACUCUUUUAUGCAAUCGUUUGGAAAAACCAUUUUAAAAAUAGUUUGUUUCCGGAAAGGAAGUGGAAGGUCAUUGAAUGUGGAUAAUGCAGCCAAAGAGUCUGUAAUUAUGGCCUAGGAUUAUCUAGCUUUUUAUAAUAUUUUGGUUUGUACGAGAAUUUUCAUUUCUCUAGCUUCUCAAAUUAGUCAUGUAUUUUGAAUGAGAAUAGUUAUUUGUUUCGAUACGUAAAAAAAUCUACAAGGAAUAUUUCUUAAGCUAAAACUAUAAUGUUGCAGAUUUUUUUUCGUUUGGAAAAAUAUACUGAUGUACUUGAGAUUGGUGACUAAGGUUAAAUAAACAUGUGGUGAUUUAAAGUGAAAUAUUUUUUAAGAGGCUUGACGCAUAGUUACAAAGCUGUUGUUGAAAUUCUUUUGUUUUCUAAUAAUAUAUCAGGAAAUGAAAUUGUGACUUUUAGUAUUUUUUAGCAAAUGUAAGAAUAUUUGAAAGUUUUGCAAAAGAGUAAAAAUAUUAACUCUAUAGCUUAUAUUAUUUAUACCGCAUGACUGUUCUGUUAAAAUUUUCGUUAGAUGAAUUAGUGUACAACUCCAUGUUACAUUGAUGAAACACAAUAUUCGCAGUGACCUUUAUUAUUUAAUUUUAGAUUAGACUAAAACUGGUUAGAAGGCGAUUAAAUGUGAUUUAAAACCACAAUCAUGUGCCUUAGUCAUUAAAAGCAUCACACCCAUUGUGUAAGAGAUUAUUAAAACACGUCACAGAAGCAAACAUAUAGUACACAAAUGCUUUAGACAUGUAUUUGCUCAUUACUUGAAAUCGUGUACGAUAAAAGUUGUAAGAUGAGAAGCAUAUCGUAUUAUAUACGCAUUCUGGAACUUUACCGAAAAACAAAGCUAAAUAUAUAGAAUGAUGCACAAUAAUGAUGCAGUUAAACCAAA